GUAUGAUGUGCAGUUUCAUAGUUCCUCAAAAUCUCAAAUGCCAGUUGGGUUCGCUGCGGGAACUAUGCUUGCACAGAUUGCAGAUGACAGUGAACAAAAUAAUUAAUAAUUUUAGUUUGGAGUUAAUUACAAUUAAUAAUUUUCAUCAAUUUGCUGCCUAUCUGCAUUUCGUUUGCAACUGAUUAUUUACUUCGCACAGACAACAAUCAGUUAAAUAAGUUGGUCUUGGUAUUUUCAGUUUGGAUUCCAAACUUUGGAAUUAAUUAGUUAAAUUCAAGCGAAAAAUUAAACAGGACAUCACCAUGCAGGCUGGGAUUGACCAAAUGGAUAAUUUUGACCUUGUCGACACCAACGAUUCUGUAUUGAUGAACCCAGACAUUUUGGACCAAGUAUUCUCCCACUUGGACGUGACGACAUUAAAGUCCACUCGACUUGUCUGCACCGAUUGGGCCGACGUCGGCGCCAAGAUUCUCGGAAAACGGGGUCGCCUCACCUUUUCAACAAUGCCAAAUCCUGAUUGUACAGAGUUGACCUUUUUCAACCACAAACUCGCCAGGAAUGUAACAUUGCAGAUGAAGUGUAACUGCACUGAGGAUAAGCCAUGUGAAUGUUGUCCGACUCAAAUUGAAUGCCAUCGAAAUCUGCCACCCAACUUUGCCAUACUUUUACCUGAAAUUUGCGGCAAGUUGGACACGCUAACCCUCAACACGGAAAGAACGAUUAAUCCUCCUCAACAUGAAAUAUGGGGGGCUUAUCAUUUCCCAAACCUUUCCCGGAUUUCGAUCACCGUCACCACUAUCCAAUAUCAACGUGAUGACAUCGACGUUACACCCGUGCCGCAAUUUCGACCACUUCAAAAUCUGAAAUCCUUCUCGUUCAGCAUUUUGCCAGACUAUGCUUACAAAUACUUUCCUGGGGUCGCGUUCUCCCCCCUUUGUCAGAAGCUGCUCAACUCUGCCCCCAACCUGGAAGAAUUCAGUGCGAGAGUGAAUUUCUACCCGGACUUGACACCAUGUCGAAAACUGAAAGAGUUGAGGUUUGAAUAUUACGAAUCUCGUGACGUGGCCGAUGUGCAAGUCGACCUGCCCGAAAUGACUAGAAUGCUGAAAAGUUGUAGAGAUUCUUUGGAAAAGUUGACCUUGGGUUAUCAUUAUCGGGAUGAUGAGGAUGAGAUAAAGCUGAAUUUUGACUUCCCCAACGUCACCCACUUCAGCAUUGCUGCUUCCGAAGUGUACAAAAUUGAGGACUCGCUGAACACCAAAAACUUUCCAAAACUGACCCAUUUCUCCAUCGAAUCUGAUUGCGACAUUUCCGAAAUGAUUGCAGCCUACCACCUGCGCCAUCCGGGUAUAACGUCGCUGGAAGUGGAGUGCGGCCAUUAUUCAGAAAUUAAUGACGGCCAAGAUGGACACGCUGCUGGCAAAUUGAUCAACCUUUUUCCGGGAGUGAAAGAGUUUAAGCUAAAAUUUCGGAUCGAUAACGUGAGCAGGAAAAGAGAGGUUCUGCGUUUUAAGGAAAUGAUGCGAUCCUUGAGUGACUGGGAGUUGACGAGCGGGCAGGUGGACAUUGACAUUGCGCGUGACUGGAAAUAUGGCGGUUGGGAUAAGAAGAUCAUAAUUGCCGUGUUGGAAGGAAUGACGGGAUGGAAAGGUUUGAAGAACACAUCGCUUCGAUUCUGUGGGGAUAAUGCAUACCGAAAGUUAAAAAUUCCGGACCGUAUGAAAUCCGCUCUCGUGGCAUGUAGGUCGAUUCGAAACGUGGCUAUGAAAGGAUUUAAGAUCGACCACAAGACUUUGGAAAACUUGAGUGGAUUUAUGGCGGAAAAUAAUUUACCAGUUAGUAUCACUAAUUCUGAAUAAUUUGUGAAGAUUUAGACGUAUUUGAUGUUUACUUUAAUUGAAAUUCACUAGUAUUUGUUAC